AACACGACGAUCCGUUUCAGCGUGGAAGCUCCAGCACCCAAUCUACCCCCCACAGCCACAGCAGGCGCCUCGUCCGAUCACCUUCCUUCGUUGCCGUGCCUUCUCUCCGCAGCUCCGACCGAUAAUCAGCUCAGCUUGUCCUCUCGCGUUUGACCAGUCGCCCCAGCUUCCGGAGCCUCACAGCCUCCGCCACUCUGCCAGCAGCUCUCCCUAGAUUGGUGAGAUCACCGGAGCACGACAAUCGCCGCGCCGAAGAGCUUUCCUUUGCUGCUUCGCUUCUUUACUUCGACGCAAUCGCUAGCAUGGAGAGAUCGGAUGAAAAGCGUCACUGUUCCUCCUUACGCGCUCUAUCAGGCCCUUCAAAGGGGUAAUUCUGUCUGCUGCAGAGGAAAACCUGACUACCAAGGAGCUUGUAAUGGCAUGCUGCAUAGUUUCUACCCCAGGAAAGGGGUUUCAGCACAUCAAGGAGAUGGACACGCUAAAGUAAGAUUGCAGAGGCUUUGCUACUUUCCUGAUGGUCGAAGAGAUGCCCCCUCUGCGAUCUGCUGGAUGUGUUGAUCCUGGAUGGGAGCAUGGAGUUGCUCAAGAUGAAAAGAAAAAGAAAGUGAAAUGUAAUUAUUGUGGAAAAGUAGUCAGUGGAGGAAUAUUUAGAUUGAAGCAACACCUGGCCAGAAUAUCCGGGGAAGUCACUCACUGUGAAAGGGCCUCUGAAGAAGUGUGUCUUAGCAUGAGGAGAAACCUGGAAGGAUGCCGUUCUGGACGGAAACGAAAACAGGAUGAAUAUGAUUGUCAAUACAAGGAUGCAGAGGAAGCAAAUGCCUCUUAUAAGCACAAGGGAAAGAAAGUAACAGGUGAUAAAAAUCUGGUCAUAAGGUUUGCCCCUCUUCGAUCGUUGGGAUAUGUGGACCCAGGUUGGGAACAUUGUGUUGCUCAGGAUGAUAAGAAGAAAAGGGUUAAGUGCAAUUACUGUGAGAAGAUCAUCAGUGGAGGGAUUAAUCGAUUUAAACAACAUUUGGCUAGGAUCCCUGGCGAAGUUGCAUGUUGUGAAAAGGCACCAGAAGAUGUUUAUGUUAAAAUGAAGGAGAAUAUGAAAUGGCAUCGUUCGGGGAGAAGACCUAGAAAGCCUGACACAAAAGAGAUAUCUGCUUUCUACAUGCAGUCAGAAGAUGAGGAUGAACACGAAGAGCAGGAUGAAGGAUUUUCAGAAGGUUUCAACAAGGAGAUUGAUGCCUAUGAUGAAAAGGCUUUCGAUGGGGAUAUCCGAAACAUAAGUAGUCCAAGGUUUACUGGGGGCAGUUGGAAUGGUCCUGAUCCACCAUUGAAAAGGUCAAGAUUAGAUUCUGUUUUUUUAAAUUCGCUGAAAAGCCAGCCAUUAUCUCACCAUAGGCAAGGAAAACGGAAGGUGGUUUCCAAUAAAAGAGGUCGCAGGGAUGUUGUAUCUGCUAUAUCCAAAUUUUUCUACCAUGCUGGAAUCCCUUCCACUGCUGCAAAUUCUCCGUAUUUCCACAGAAUGUUAGAGUUGGUUGGCCAAUAUGGGCCAGGUCUAAAGGGUCCAUCAAGCCGAUUGAUAUCUGGCCUAUUUCUUCGAAAUGAGAUCACAUCCACUAGAAAGUAUCUGGAAGAGUUGAAGGCAUCAUGGACAAAUACUGGUUGUUCUAUCUUGUUAGAUAGUUGGAAGGAUGUCCAAGGAAGGAGAAUAGUAAACCUUCUAGUAUCUUGUCCUCGUGGUAUAUACUUUGUUUCUUCUGUAGAUGCAACUGACGUGAUUGAAGAUUAUGGAAAGCUUUUCCUAUUACUGGACAGAGUGGUAGAUGAGAUGGGCGAGGAAAACAUUGUUCAGGUGGUGACUGAGGACACAGCCUGCUUUAGGGCUGCAGGAAAGAUGCUUGAAGAGAAGAGGAAGAAUCUGUUCUGGACUCCUUGUGCUGUGCACACCAUUGAUCAUCUGCUUGAGGAUUUUUUGAAGAUAAAGUGGGUGGGGGAAUGCUUUGAGAAGGCAAAAAAAAUUACAAAGUUUGUAUAUAACGCUACAUGGGUCUUAAACUAUAUGAAGAAAGAAUUUACAGGAGGGAAGGAACUUCUCAUGCCAGGUGCCACAAAACUUUUGACUAGUUUUUUCACCAUCCGGAGUUUGCUGGAUCAGAGAGUUGGUCUUAAGAGGAUGCUUCAGUCAAAUAGAUGGCUCUCUUCUCGAUAUUCCAGGAGUGAAGGAGGCAUUGAAGUGGGAAAGAUAGUCUUAGAUGCUGCAUUUUGGAAGAAGAUGCAGUAUGUGAAGAAAUCUUUAGAACCGCUAGUCCAAGUUCUUCAAAGGAUAAAUAGCGGGGACAGCCUUCCAUAUGCAUAUAACGAAAUGUACAGAGCUAUGCUUGCCAUUAAAGCCAUUCAUGGUGGUGAUGUGCGAAAAUAUGGACCUUUCUGGAGCGUGAUGGACAACAAAUGGCGCACUUUGUUCCACCAUCCUCUUUAUGUAGCUGCUUACUUUCUUAAUCCGUCGUACCGUUACCGUCCUGAUUUUAUAACGCAUCCUGAGGUGAUUCGUGGUCUGAAUGAAUGUAUAGUUCGGCUUGAGCAAGACAGUGCCAGAAGAAUGAAAGUUUCAAUGCAGAUUCCAGAAUUUGUUUCCGCAAAAGCUGAUUUCGGUACUGAUUUGGCUAUUAGUACAAGGACAGAGCUUGAUCCAGCUUCGUGGUGGCAACAACAUGGGAUAAGAUGCCUCGAGCUCCGGCAAAUCGCCAUUCGCAUACUGAGCCAAACUUGCUCGUCUAUUGGAUGUGAACACUCGUGGAGUAUAUAUGAUCAAUUUCAUAGCAGAAGGCAUAAUAGUCUCUCCAAAAAGAGAUGGGAUGAUCUGACGUGUGUUCACUACAACUUGCGUCUAAGAGAACCUCUGGUCGGUGGAGACAUUGAUGAUCUACUCUCCUUUGAAAGUGGCAUUUCAGAAAACCUUCUGCACGAUUGGGUUGAUGGAACCGAGAGACAAUUGGAGCAGAAUGAUGAGGAGAUCCUUUACAACGAAGUGGACCAAUUCAGUGGAGAUGACGACGAGAAUGAGAGUGAAGAAAAGAGACCUGUAGAAAUGGUUACUUUGAGUAAUGAUCUCGAACCUUUGGAAGUUAAUCAAGCAGGUGAGACAGUAACAACCGAUGAUGAUGAGGAUGAUGAUAUAGAUGAUGAGGAUCUGGGUUUUCUCGAUGAUGGUGACACGGAAUAGUGAGCUCAUGCGUAUACGGGAGUACCUGUAACUACAGUACUUUAGAUAUAGAUUUACUUUGCUUGUGCUUGGUGGAUCAUUGUUUGCCGUAUCUUCAUUGUAUAUGGAGGGAGCCCGAAAUUCCAGGUCAUCUGUAAUGGCGUUUCCUUUGUCCAUUGAUACACAACCCUGUAAGAAAAGUAAAUAUAGCAAUGCCAGUUGAUGAGUA